AUGCCCGGUGCCACCCCCCGGCCAGCAGGCCCCUUAAUCGUAUUGGGCGGCAUCGCCCUCGCCAUCAUUCUAUUUUUCUUUCUCCGUCACUUCUACUUCAGAUACAACAACCGCAAACAUGCCUACCAGCAAGCAGGGAACGACGAUGACCACCCAAACACCCUCCAAAUAAACCGUCACAGUCAAGGCGGCUCCCACUCCACCACCACUGCCACCGCCACCGAGACGCGCUCCCAAACCACAAGCGACACCAGCACCGCUGGCGUCGACCGCAACACCUCAGUCCGCAGUGUCAUGACGCUCCCCGUGUACCGGCCCAAGGCGACCGACAGCGAGCAGGUGCUCGGGCGGGAAGGAGAGCGAGACGGUAUCGAUGUGGUGGUAGAAAUGCGGACAGCAGAAGAGGAGGAAGCGCUGCGGGACGAGGAGAUGGAGGCACUAUACCAGAUCCGAGCAGCACGGCGGCGACAGAUCGCCGAGCGAGAAGAACGCCGGCGCCAACGACAACGAGCGCGUGAGGCCAACGACGCCGUGGCCCUUCGCGAGCUGCGUGAACAAACCCGCGGGUCGGCCGGUCGCAACACGUCGGAGAUCGAGGAGCUGCGCGGCGAGCACGACCGCAUCCGCGGGACGCGCCAGCGGGCCGUCAGCAGCGUGUCGUACGCCGACGUCGGCAUCGCGCGCGCCGAUGGCACCCGCGUGCGCGCCAACAGCACCGAGAGCACCGAGCGCGUCGGCCUGCUCUCCGACACAGCCAGCAUCGCCGCCGACAGCCACAGCCUCUUCCGCCGCCGCGACCGCAGCGCCAGCGCCACCCUCAGCAUCGACACCUCCCUCACCGCCCACGGCCGCCCGGACUCCCCGGGAGUGCUCACCACCGGCGGAAGCGGCACCGGCGGGUACAGCCUCACCAGCGCAAACCGCGCCCGAUCCCGAUCCCGCGCGAGCUCCGCCGCCACCACCCCGCGCAUCCCCACCCCGAGCCCGGGCACGACGCCGCACGCGGGCUCGCCGCCCGAGAUCAUCGAGCCGGAGGACGCCGACAUGGGCGACAUGGGGAUGCCGCCGCCCGGGUAUGACGAGGUCAGCCUGGACGAGUUCACGCCCAUGCACUCGCGGCGCAACUCGGACGUCUCGCGGCCCGUCAGCCCCUACCCGGAUCCCCCGCCCGACUACCCCGGUCGGACGUCGGUCGAGCGCAGGAAUCAGAAUAGGCUGUCGACGCACUUGGAGGAUCUGGCGGCGCAGUCGCCUUCGUCGCCUUCGUCGGGGAGCCCGCAGGUGCCGCAGAUUGUGAUUGAACCGUCGAGUGCGAGGCCGUGA